GCCGCAACUCUAGUCCCUCCCCGCCCCGCACCCCCUUAACCCUAAACCGACUACCUAUUCUUGCGAUGGCUGUUGCUAAGACUACUACGAGGUCGAGUACCACUAAGCCCAGGGCUGCCAAGUCCAAGGACGUUAAGCCGAAGGAGACUAAGGCGAAGGUGCCCAAGGCAGCGGCUGGCAAGGAGAAGGCCCCUUCUGGCGCCGCUCACCCUUCGUUCAAGGAGAUGAUCAAGGAAUGUAUCGUUGACCACAAGGAGGAAGCCCGCACAGGUGUGUCGCGUGCAACUAUCAAGAAGUACAUCAGCGAGAAGUACAAGCUUGACCUCGAGAACAAUGCUUUGAACGCGUCGCAUCUUAACCGCGCUAUCGCAUCUGGCGAGAAGGAGGGUAUCUUCGCCCUCCCCAAGGGACCUUCUGGCAAGGUCAAGCUCGCACCCAAGAACAAGCCCGCCGCCAACGAGAACGCACAUCCCGCUGGCGAGAAGCCAACUAAGGAGAAGGCCGACAAGGUCACCAAGCCCGCCGCGGCUGCUAAGCCUCUCAAGAAAUCCGUUGCAAAGGCUGACACCGUGAAGAAGACCAAGGCUGCAGCAGCACCCGCAAAGAAGUCUGUCAAGGCUACUGACGCGGCCAAGAAAUCGACGACAAAGGCUGUUGCCGCACCCUCGAAGCGGAUGAAGAAGGAUGCCCCCGCGAAGAAGGUCACCAGCACGAAGGCAAACGCCAAGAAGGUUCGUGCUUCUCGUGUUCACUGUGUUAUGCAGGAUUGUUGAUCGUUGUCGAUUGUCCGCUAGCCCGCUGCGAAGGCGGCAGCAGCCAAGGCGACGGAUAAGCCAAAGUCCACCGUGAGCGCUAAGCCCCGGUCGAGAGCUAAGAAGGUCUGUCUCCAUUGUCCUCCGUACGCAGCGAUGCGCUGACUGUUGUCCUCCACAGCCGGAGUCGAACGUCGUGUAAGCGAUGGAUGGUCCUCGCGUGUCGUCUCUUUGGUCUAUAUUAUUAGUUUCUGUUAUACCUUAUCUCUACCCUGGUCUCGUCGCCUAGUGUCACUGGUCUGUACGAGUAUGCGUGUAUGAAGAGUUACUUGGUCUUUGUCGUGCUCCCAUCAGUUCUAGUCAUGUCCGUUCGAAUCUAUGCCCUAUCGCAUCUUACACAAGCCACUUACAGCGAGCGACGUGUGUGUGCAGUGUAACAUUGUAGCUUUUCCCUUGAGUUUGAAGGUGU